CAGGUAGCGCAGCGCAUCACAGACGGAGAGAGGGAGAGAGGCAGCAGCAGCAGCACCAGAGUGAGAUAUAUUUAUAGCCUACAGCGAGGCUGCAGCACACAGAUCAGACUUGCUAUCGAGCCGCGGGCAGGGACACGGACGGGGCUUAGCGGAAAAGAGGACGCGUCGAAAUGAAGCAGUUCACGUCGGUACUUUUAUUCGGGGCCGCAGUGGUCGCCCUGGUCAGCGCAGCCGGCACCGAGGGGGAGAUCUCCUUCGAGUACCACCGCUACGAGGAGCUGAGGAAGGCGCUGGUGUCGGUGUGGCUGCAGUGUCCGACCAUCAGCCGCAUCUACACCAUCGGGGAGAGCUUUGAGGGCCGCGAGCUGCUGGUGCUGGAGAUGUCCGACAACCCCGGGACACACGAGCCUGGUGAGCCUGAGUUUAAGUACAUCGCCAACAUGCACGGCAACGAGGCUGUGGGCCGGGAGCUGCUCAUCUAUCUGGCCCAGUACAUGUGCAACCAGUACCAGCAAGGCAACGAGACCAUCAUCGACCUCGUGCACACCACCCGCAUCCACUUCAUGCCCUCCAUGAACCCAGACGGCUUCGAGAAGGCCGCUUCACAGCCGGGAGAGAUCAAGGACUGGUUCGUCGGCCGCAGUAACGCACAGGGGGUGGAUCUGAACCGCAACUUCCCCGAUCUGGACCGCAUCAUCUAUAUCAACGAGCGGGAGGGCGGAGCCAACAACCACCUGCUGCAGAACAUGAAGAAGGCAGUGGACGAAAACACCAAGCUGGCUCCGGAGACCAAGGCGGUGAUCCACUGGAUCAUGGACAUCCCCUUCGUCCUCUCAGCUAACCUGCAUGGAGGAGACGUGGUGGCCAACUACCCGUAUGAUGAGACCCGCACUGGCUCUACCCAUGAGUAUAGCUCCAGUCCAGAUGAUGUGAUGUUCAAGUCUCUGGCGAGGGCCUACUCCAUGUACAACCCAGUCAUGUCCGACCCGAACCGACCCCCCUGCCGUAAGAACGACGACGACUCCAGCUUCAAAGACGGCAUCACCAACGGAGGGGCGUGGUACAGCGUGCCAGGAGGCAUGCAGGAUUUCAACUACCUCAGCAGCAACUGUUUCGAGAUCACGCUGGAGCUCAGCUGCGACAAGUUCCCCAAUGAGGACUCGCUCAAGACCUACUGGGAGCAGAACCGCAACUCACUGGUCAACUACAUCGAGCAGGUUCACCGUGGCGUAAAGGGCUUUGUGCGCGACCUCCAGGGAAACCCCAUUUUCAAUGCCUCCGUCUCCGUGGAGGGCAUUGAACAUGACAUGACCACAGCCAAAGAUGGAGACUACUGGCGCCUCCUGGCUCCAGGAAACUACAAAGUGGGGGCCUCUGCCCCAGGAUACCUGACUGUCAUCAAGAAGGUGGCUGUUUCCUACAGCCCUGCAACCAGAGUGGACUUCGAGUUGGAGUCUCUGAUGGAGAGGAAGGAGGAGGAGCGGGAGGAGCUGAUGGACUGGUGGAAGAUGAUGUCAGAGACACUGAACUUCUAAAGCGUUUGUCCAGCUGAUGAUCGGAUCGUCCGCACAUCGAUGUAAUAUAAUUUAUCAUUCUGUGUGACCGCCCACAGAAUAUUUUGUCUCUUUUAUUUGUUUUGUUCUAUUUCGAUCAUUAUUUUAAUGGAUCAUUACUGUUUAUUAAUGUAAUGGUUUGCCUCAUACUCCUGUAGAUUGUUUAAAUAUCCCGCAGACACAGAAACAUACACUAACGGACGGAGAAGGAAUUUGCAGGUAGUUUGAUGGCAGUGAGAUCGGUGUUGAUUUCUGUGGUAUUGUGUUCUUUAUCGUACAUGUGAUUUGGUAACCAUGGCACCCAUCUAUAUAACCAAUGAGUGACUGAGUAAUUAUGUAUGUUAAAGAGCCGUUUACAUCAUUAUCACUUGGCUCUGUCCAAAGUAAUUCAUAAUUGUUUCCUGUUUUAAACGUCUCUGUUUCUCCAGGCUUUAGUACAACACCAAAAACACACACACUUUCGGCAACUGUAAACUUGCACAAACUUAAUCUGUUUUCUGUCUCUGUAAAAAAAGAAAAAAAGAAAAAUACAGCGUUAUAGUUUUGAGCACAUCAGACAGUAACAUCACUGUAAACAUGAUAUAUUGUAAACAAUCUAUACAGGCGAGCCCAUUUCACCGUAUGUUAUUGAUGUGCAGAUUUUUUUUUUAACUGACUGCAGCACAGCUUUGAUUUUAGCACAAGAUGAAUGGUUAUAAUAUAUACUGUAUUUAUGAACUAUAGGUAUAGCAAGAAAUAUGUGGUUUUUGUAACGAAAAAAGAAAUCAAAGAAAACGAGGCCAUUACACCUAUAAAUCUGUCCACCUCUGUCUACCAAAGCCAGUCCCUCGUACUGUAUGUGCACUCCACACACAACACUGUGGUGAGCUACAUAAGGAACUGUAGUACAAGUACAAGUUGUUUUUUCAAGGAUACAUUAACUCAGUUUAGAUGGCUGUGUGGAUGCAGUGCAACUGGUUUGAGACUCCGGAAAGAUUAUUGAAUGUAUAUCUAUAGAAACCGUUAUAAAUGAACUGAUCAAUAAAACUCCCCUCUUAAUGUUGUCAAA